AUGACUGAGAAGUAUCGAUCUCGAUCCGAGUUCUCGCCCACCAUCCCUCAUCAACAUCAGAGAGUGCAUAAAGGUAAAUUAGUGCGUCCGGUAUCGAUGGCCGAUAUAUGUAGUGGGUUUGAAUCCCAGAAUUAUCUGAAGGAUCGCUGUAGAAAAUGCUUUCGUCAGAAGGACAAACACGAAACGUCCACGCCGGCACUUCAAACGAAGAAAGAAAGGCGGAAAAGCUGGCGAGAAAAGAAUCAGGACAAUGGCGCGCCAGAAGAAGAAGACGGCACGGAUCUGGUGUCGGUCUCGUCGUACAUGUCGGCGACCUCUAAAGGGAUCUCAUCAGUGAAAUCGUGCGAGAGCAUGAACGACACGAGAAGCAUGGUAACAGCCGUGAGCGGAUCGGUUGGAGACGACCAGGAAGAACAACGUAUGACGCCGACCGAAGAUGACCACACUCUGCUUAUAACGCUGAAGGAAGAAAACCGAAAACUCACAGAAGCGAACAACAAAUUAAAAGAAGAACGAGAAAUGUGCUUACGCAAAUGUACAGAACGACCAAAAGAUUCAACUGAACAGUCUUUGGUGGCGAUGCUUGAAGAACGCCUUAACGAGGCAGAGAGCAGCAUUCAGGACUAUCGAGACGAAAACACUGUGUUGAAGUGCGAGCUACGAGAUUUGCAGGAAACGACAUACGCGAACUCCGAUGCGAAACUUAAAGAAAAAAUUACUUGCACAGAAGCGCUCUGUGACGAACUAAUGGAAGAAAACGAAGCUUUGAAAACGGAAGUGCGAGAUUUACAGCAGGAAAUCGAAGAAAUGCAGGACCAGUAUCGCGAAGAAGAAAUCGAAGAAUUCCGAGAACUGCAAAGGGAGCUGGAGCAGAAUGCGAAGAACUGUCGUGUGCUGCAAUUCAAACUCCGCAAGGCGGAAAGGAUGAAGGAGCAGACCGACGCUGAGAAAACUCAGCUGCAAACUCGUCUGAAUGAUCUGCUCGAGAACUCGAGCGAUGCCGUGAUUGCCUCAACGCGGUCUGAUGCGGUACGGGUGAAAGAAUUAGAAUCAGAGCUCAGGAUUGCAAAAGAGGUUUCUGUGCGACUCCACAAUGAACUCGAGCAGACGGAAGCAAAACGUUACAAACUCGAGGAUGAACUCUUUUACAUGAAAGAGAAAGUGCGAGAGUUGCAAACACAGAACAAAUGGAGAGAAGCAAGAAAUAAGACUGAUGUUGCUAUGAAGAGACUAUCAGCUGAACUAUCGGCAAGUGCACCGACGAUGCCUGAGGGGGAAAUGAGCAAGGAACUGAGGGAUGCUCUGGAAAGGGAAAUCGACAGUAGGGAGCAGUUGCGAUUUGCUGAAGAGGAUUUGAAAAGAACUCAGCAGCGUCUGAAGGAGAUGGAAAACGAAAACGAGAUCCUCCUAAGGAAGCUAUCGAAGAGUGUCAAAAUGAGACCGCCAAUGGUCAGAUCAGCCAGCGAAGGUAAUGCACAUCUACAAUUGGAGCUAGCAGAACAUGAAGUGGAGCACUUGUCAACGAAAGUGGAGCGGCUAGAACGAACCAAUGACCACUUGACAAAGAAAAUUAUGGAACUGGAAACCGAUAACUCAAAGAAAGCCGCGGAGAUGGGUAUACGACCACCUGUAGGCGAUUUCAAUCUCACCCAAGAAAUGGAGAAGGAUAUGGGGAAGAUGAUUGCCUAUAUCAGUGACCUCAAACAAAAGAAUCACGAAUUGAACUUGCACUUAAAGAACUACGAGGCGAAGGGCACUCCACCUAUUCCUAAAGACACGGGAGCAGCAGAUCUUCGAAGCGAACGGGAAAAGCGUCGUGCGGCCGAGACUGAAGUAACGGAGCUGAAACAAAUCCUACUGAAGAGCGACAAUCAAAAAGUGAUCGCAUUAGCGACAAAGAUCGAACAACUCAAUAACCAGCAAGCGAUGAUUACCGAGCGAUGUAAUGUUCUACACAAGAAGGCCGUUGCGAAUAGUGAUAGUGAAACCUAUGCGAACGAACUGAAAACUCGAGUGGAGUUGCUGGAGAAAGAGCUUAGCGAUUUGAAAGGAGCGGCUACGGUUUCGAAUUUGCAGGGAAGUAUUGCGGGACCAGAUGAGAUCGAACAAUGUUGUGAAGUGCUAGCUUCGAUAGAAACGCAGACGAGUCGGUUGUGCAAGCAAGUCGAAAAAAUUGACCAAGCCCAGAAAGAUGAACGGCGGCGUUCCCUGUCCAAGGAUAGCAGCGCAACCAUCAUUGCCGAGCUAGCUAAUCUCUUAAAUGAGUUAAAAAAUGUGCAUACGAUCAUGGACACCAUCAAGCCCACCAGUACAUCUCUGGCGCGCAGAUCUCCAGCAAAGGAAAAUGCGUCACCAUCAGUGGAAUGUCCAAAGUGUGCUGAAAAUCAAAAAGUGGUUGACGAACAACAGAAUGAGGUCAUAUUCUACAAAAAGAAGAACAAGGAUCUGACUAAUCAGAUUCUCCAAACUGAGGACAGAUGGACGAUUGAAAUCGAGAAGCAAAGACAAAUAUUUGAGAACGAGAUCAAAGGUCUCAGCGUGCGGUUAGCUGAUUCUAAAAGGCAACUGGAGGAGCAGAGCCAGAUUCUGCAGUCGAAGAGCCUCACAUUGAUAGAGAAGACCAGAGCAAUGGAGGAGCAAGAGGAGCGAUGUAAUCGGCUACAACAUGAUCUCGAAGAGCAGAAGAAAGAGAAGCAGGAACUGGAACAAAAUCGAAAAUCUGUUCGCGAAGUGGAAAUCAAGUACAAAAAGCUUGAAAGCAUUUUCGAACAAGAGCGGGAGAAAAUGAAUGGUGAAAGAAGUCGUGCUAAAACAGAGUUCACAGCGUUGAAGAAGAUUGCGGACGAUGCCGAGGACAUGCUUAAAACCACUACGCAAGAGCUCAAAAAGAAGGAGACUACGUGGAAAGCGGACAAGGCUAAUUUGGAAAGGGAAAUAGCAUCUUUGAAGAAACAGGUGCAGGCAUGCAGAAAUGGAGAGGGUAGCGAACACGAGGAUAAAGCAUCAGUUCAUGACUCGGACACAGACGAUCCUCCAAGUCUAGCGCGCCACGAAAGUGAUAAAAUUACCUUGAUCGACCUAAAGAAAGAACUUGCGCUGUACGAGAAGAAAUACACUGACUGCGAAACUAAACUUGAAGAGUUGAAAAUCACAAAUGCUGAACUGUCGGAUCAGUUGAACAAAGCAAAACAGGGGUGGCAAAAGGAUAAGGAGAAUCAUCAGCACAAGCUCAGACAAACAGAAAAGAUAAGAAUGGUUGAAAUGGACGCUCUUCAACAGAAGUUUUCGAGUCGCAUGCGAAUCAUGGAGGACACAAACAAAUCCCUUCAUUCACAGUUAGUGCUGGCUCGUCGCGAACGAGACACACACAAGGAGACUUUAGCUAAUGUUGAGCGCAAGAUACUUGAAGAUCGAAAAGCAAAGGAUUCUCGUGACACCGAAAUGCAGAGAGCUCAGGAGAAAAUCAAGGAUAUGCAAAAGUCGUUGGCUGAUGUGCAGGCAGAGUUAGAGCGCGCUAAUACCGAUCUGCGCCUGACAAAGGAAGCCCGUAAGGCAGAUCAGAUUCUGUGGAAGAUCGACAGAGCCCGAGGUCGAAACGAAAAGCUGUCGGACGAGGAUAUCCAUGCUAUUGAGCAGUUACAGACCAAGUUUCGCGACUGUGAAAAGUUCUACGUGAAAGAGACGGAGCGCCUGACAGAGAAGUUGAAGGCAAUGACGCAGGAAUUCAAAAAGCAGCGUAACGCUCACGAAAGGAUAGUCACAGAGCUGAGAGAACAUGUACGAGUGCUGGAAAUAGAGCAACGAAAUCUUAGCCUAAAGAAGGACAAUCAAACAGCAGCCAGUGAGAUUUUGGAGGCAGGGGCAGCUAGACUUCAACAAGCUGUGCACUUAAAUGAGCUGCAAAGAUUGACAAGAAAGUACAGAUUGAGUAGUAUCAUAGACCAGCUCCAAUUUGUUACCGAUCCUAUUCGACGCAACGGCAGAAGUGAAGUAGAGAAUCCGGACGGAAUAAAGUACAUAAUCAAUCAGCUGAUUGCUCUUCGCGAUGAGGACGCACAAGCAGUCGUGCCAGUGAGCGACGACCGCUGUGGAUCAGCGCAAACCUACGGAGAAAAGAAUACAUACACUCCCUCUAUCAGUGAAUGUGACGGUACCUACGAUAACAUCAGUCAAUCAUCACUUAGCAUACGAUCCGUGGCCAGCAUGCCGGUCAAAAGCACUCUUGGCUCUGACAAUCGCAGUGGUUUCGAGCGUUACGGGAAACACAUCUCUCGACGACCCUACCCGGAUCAUGCUUUGACAGGAGAUAGAGAAGAAGAUUCCAUCAAAGUGCCUGUAAAUGAUGAGCGAAAGUUAUCCGCGCCGCAGGUCAUUCCACGAACUUCAUCUUUCGACCAACACACGGAGACUGGACCGCAGUCUCACAGAGCAGGUACGACGAGCAUACUCUGUCGCGUGAGGCGUGAGGAGCUCGCACGUGGUGGUCAGCCUUCCGUACGACUCAUGGCACGAGCCUUCGAAGCUAUCGACAACUGUCCCGCUGAAAAGCAAGGCUUCUUCAGUAUGAGGAAAUCGCGCUCGGUCGAAACGACGCAGGGAAAGAAAUGUUCACAGGUGGAAACACCACCACCCCUCAAGCAUAGCAUGAGUAAUGUUGAGGUGGAGGAAGCUGCUUCGCCCUAUGCUACACUGCCGCGAGGCGGUCGCAAUCCUUUCAAAAAUAUGGGGUCGAAACUUGUUGAGCGAGUGAGGAGGAGCUUAUCACGGUCAAGUCGACAAAGUAGUGAAGCUCCUGAGUCAGCGGAUCCGAAAGUGGAUAAAAGUUCUUCAAAAGCGGAGAGUUCGAUUGAACCAUAGUGUUUGACAGACUUGUCUGUGUUCCAAAAACAUGCACAUAAUAACCCCCGGAAGUACAGCACCAGUAGUUCGGGUGCAACAGCAUUACGUGUUCACAGCAUCAGUUGCCUUCAACCAUAGUAACGCUACAUGUUCACACCAUUCACCUGUGUUAUGUUCAAAACUAGAUUGACAAAAAUGCUUCCUCUCUGAAGAAGACAAAGAAACGAUCAGCUGAAGCAAAAGCUCGGAAAAACGGAGGAACUUGAUUUGCGAUUUCAACUCAAGAUGUGCCACUUUAUAUCCAAUCAUUUAUUACAUCUUCACAUACUAUCCUUAGCACUCUAUCAAUUUCAUUUCCAAUGCAACUGUAAUACUUUUCUUGUUAGGCGCAAAGAGUCUAUCAUCUGAGCAGAAGGGUGUAAACGAUUCGUCUAAUAGUUCGUAUGUGAUACGGACUCACUUUUCAAAUGUUUCUUGCCCUUCACAACCAAAGCAUGCCCAGGAAUUAUGAUUCCGAGUUGGCAGAUAUGAUUCCAAGCAACGGUGAGCUGUUAGUUUUAAUAAUGACAUCUUUCUCACCCAUCAUUGCCUUUGCCAUACUGGUUGUUCUAUUUCAUGCGAUUUGUGAUGUUUUGCAGCAUAUACCAAAAACUUGAUUAUGUGCACUUUGCUUUAUAAUGUAUGCAAUGCAAAUGUG